GUUCAACAGUAAAGGUUAUCUUGACCUAUUUCUGUGUUACGACACAUUUUCAUCUGUUACUGGGUAAUUCACACAGAUAACAUUUUUGUUCACUAAGUAUAACUAACAUCCGCUCGUUAAAGAAUAUGUAUAAUAGAAAAGACAAGGAGCUCUCACAAUGGGAAGAUGCGUAACCAGUCUUAUAUACCUUUUUGCAGCAAGUAAAUGUUUCGUUUCAAGUUCCUUUGAGAAUACAAAUGAUGAAAUAGUGGUUGAAACUCAACUAGGCCACGUGAGAGGUAUAGUGCAACAUGCUUUAGACAACACCAAACCAGUAUAUGCAUUCUACAGUAUACCCUAUGCAGAGCCACCUAUAGGGCGCAACAGGUUUCAACCACCAAAACCAGCUAAACCAUGGACUGGAGUAAAGGAUGCAACGAAAAUUGGUAAAUUCUGCAUACAGCAUUACGCUAUGUUUAAUGAGGCAUGUUCUUUACUGAAACUUCCUCUGAUGCAACCGGAUAAUCCAGAGUUUUAUUCAGAAGAUUGUCUAGAACUAGAUAUCUACACUCCUAAUGUCAAUGCCCAACUUCCAGUGAUGUUUUGGAUACACGGGGGAGGCUUUACCACGGGAUCUGGUCAUGUCUACAAUGGGACUGCAUUAAGUGCCCUAAAUGAUGUAGUGGUUGUUUCCAUCAACUAUAGACUCUCAUAUCUAGGAUUCUUGAGUACAGGAGACAAACUACUGCCUGGCAACAUGGGACUCAAAGAUCAAGUUGAGGCACUCAAAUGGGUAAAGCAAAACAUCCGUGCUUUUGGUGGAGAUCCAGACAGAGUGACAAUAUUUGGCGAAAGUGCAGGUUCAUGGAGUGUAGCUUCACAUCUCGUGUCACCAAUGAGCAAAGAUCUGUUCAAGUAUGCCAUCCUACAGAGUGGGUCCAUUCUCUCUGAUAAAGUUACUAACGAAAACCCAGCAGAGAAUUUCAAUGAAAUAGCAGAAUCUUUAGAAUGCACCAAUGGUACUAGAAAUGACCUAAUAGAAUGUGUGCGGCAGACACCUGUUGACGACAUUGAGAAAGCCAUUGCUACAUUAGGUCCUCUCAUGAAAUUUGAUUGGGUCUCAGUUGAUGGAGAGUUCUUCCCCAAACAUCCAAAAUAUCUUUACGAUGAAGCGGAUUUCAGUGACACUGUGAUACUCAUUGGAACUACAGAACACGAAACACAUAUUUCUCUUUCACUUUGGUCUCAUGAUGGAAAAUAUAACUACGAAACGUUUCUUGAAGAAAUAAAGUUUCUAAAUGGAGCGUAUUGUCAACAGGAUACAGUGAGUUUAGAGAAUUUGAAUAAGAUUGCAAAUUUCUACUUGGACAAUGAUAUAUCUGAGAUUGAUGAGAAAACCUACAAUGCAAAAGCCCUCGAGAUUACAACUGACUUCACCAUGGAAUUUCCUGUUCUAAAUUUGACAAAUACUGUAGUAGAACGCGGUGGAAAAGCAUUUCUGUACAUAUUUUCCCACAUUCCUGAGUAUAUGGAUGCCCAUAGGUCGAGACGUGUUUCUACACACACCGAUGACAUUUUCUUUACGUUUGGCUUUGGCUUUAUGGAGCUAGACACAUGGUUUAAACAGCUAGAAGUCACGUAUUCGGAAAAAGAGACAAUAUUUGCUCGUCAAAUGAUGAAAUAUUGGGUCAACUUUGCAACAUAUGGUGACCCUAACAGUGACGACUUGUCACACUGGCCAAAAUACAGUCUGGACAAUGAAGAGUAUGCUAUACUCAAAGAACAGCCAACUGUUGGUAAACUAUUUCGCAAGGAAAAGUUCCAAUUUUGGAAGGACUUCAUGCAGAGUAUUCAGGAUAAUCGACAAAAAUAUGGCAGUAAGAGGGAUGAACUUUGAAAUAUUCGAUCGCCGUGAAUAGCCGUAUCUGGCUAUUUUAGCCCAUACAGAACCCUUCUAAGAAUUUAUCUUUUAUUGUUUUUAUGAUGACAAUACAACCCCCCCCCCCCUUUGCCUGUAUUGAACUAUUAUACAGGUCAUUGUACCAAGUGAGGAAAACUGGCAGGCAGAAUUACGGUUAUCAAGUUACGUUAUAGUUUGCAUU